UCGUUGCAUCAUAAUGUUUUCGUACGCAAUGAAACCAAUUCAAAGUUUCAGGCGUUAGCUGAUGUGGAUGAAUGGGGACAAGUGGUGAUGAUCGGUCUGUUGACACGUUAUGCACGCAAUCAGUUCGUGUCACCAAGCGUCGAGAUGGAUCCCGAUCUGUCACUGCUGCUCUCGUCGUCUCGACCGCUUCUGCAGAGUCGCAACUGUGCAGUUGUGCUGGCCGUGGCACAGUUGUUCUAUCAUUGUGCCCCACCGUCGCAGGUGUCGAUCAUCUCGAAAGCACUGGUGCGACUGUUGCGAGCACCUCGUGAAGUGCAAUCGGUUGUUCUCGUCAAUAUUGCCACAAUAUGCUCAUCCAAUUCGAAUAUGUUCGAACCGUUUCUGAAGAGUUUCUUCAUCAGAUCAUCGGAACCGACGCACAUCAAAGUGCUGAAGCUGCAGGUGCUGACGUCGCUUGUCUCAGAGACAAACGUGCAACUCGUUUUGAGGGAACUGCAAACGUAUGUUAGUAUGGACGAACUGGCGGAUGCGGCAGUGGAUGCGAUAGGUCAGUGUGCAUUACGUGUUGGUACUGUGGCCGAUUCGUGCUUGACGGGUCUUGUCGCGUUGAUUGCGUCCCCAAACGAACGUGUCGUUUCGGCGGCUGUUGUCGUUCUGAAGAGAUUGCUUCAUUCUGAUGCGCCAUUACCGUUACUGAAGCGUGUUUUGCGUUUAAUUGACUCGGUGAAACAACCACAGGCUCGAGCUUGCGUUCUGUGGUUAAUUGCGAAUCAUGUGCAAAAGGUUCCACUCUCUAUUCAUUUCCUCUUCAUUCUCAACACAAACACAUCGGUGGAAAAGUAUGCACCGGAUUUGUUGAGAGUAAUGGCGAAAACGUUCACACAUGAAACUGAUAUGGUGAAAUUACAAACGAUGAACUUGGCGGUGAAAUUGUGGUUGACGAAUCCGAGCGAUUGUCAGCUGUUAGUGCAAUAUGUGAUGCAGCUGGCACGAUUCGAUCAGAAUUACGACAUUCGAGAUCGGUGUCGUUUGAUUAGGAAUCUGCUGUUUAAUGGCGAGAAUAAGUUGAGUGCAUUUGCAAAGCAAAUCUUCUUAACCGAAAAACCAUCGCCAAAAAUGCAGAACACUUAUAAAGAACGUGAACAGUUUCAAUUAGGUAGUUUAUCGCAUUAUUUGAAUCAACGUUGUGCACGAUAUCGCGACCUUGAGCCGUUCCCUGAAGUUGCUCCCGAUCCGAGUGCGAGACGGUCAACUGGCGAUACACUGGCACAAAACCUGCAGAAUACACUGUCAAAUGAGAAUAUCUCUGAGGAUGAGGAAGAGGACGAAGACGAGGAGGAAGAUGAAGGGGAUGAGGAGGGAGAGGAGGAUAGCUCUGAUGAGGAUGAAGAGGAGGAGGAGGAAGAGGAGAGUGGGGAGGACGAGGAGAGUGAUGAGGAAACGAGUGAUGAAGAGGAUGAAGAUGAGGAUGAGGAAGAAAAGAGGACCGAAAGGUCAGCGCGCAAACAAAAUGAGGUACCAUUGCCUGCACCUUCAACAGCUGUGAAAAAACCGUCAAUGAACUUAGAUCUCUUGCUGGAUUUGAAUUUCGAUCCUAGCACAAAUGUGAUAUCUUUGUAUAAUACGGCGUCAGCGAAGUACGUUGAGACCGCAUAUCGAUGUUUGCUGAGUGCAAGCGAAUGGCCGUUGCGAAUCGGUGUCGAGAUGCGAUUCGCGAGAGCACCGUCAACACUGUCUUCGUCGAUGUGCACAAUUGAGUUGCGAUUCACAAACGAGUCUGAUUCCGAGUCAUCCGUUCUCAGAUUCAUUCCGAAGGAUGUCGAAGGAAUUCGUACAAGUGAAACACUUCAGCUGGGUAAAAUAAACGCGAAAAGUGAAUUGGAAGAGAGGGUUUACAUAGAUUUUGGUGAUAGUAAACGUGCAUCGGAAUGGUUAUUGGAGACGAGUGAAUCGAGUUGUAAAGCGAUCAAGAUUGAAGCGGGCAUGGGCGAGCAAAUAGAGCCGAUCGUAAUGAGCGAGGCGCAGUUCGAUGAGGCAUUGGCGCAGCUGAGUGGCAUCAAUGAACACUGUCAGAAGUGUGAACAGUCACUGGUUGUGGUACCACAACAGCUCUAUACAACGAAAUUUUGUGCGCAAACGUUAUCGAAGAAGCAGUUGGUGUUGAUUAGCAUCGAAAAUGGUCGAAUUCGUGUGAACUGCGAGAAUCUCGUUCUCGGAUCAUUGCUGUGCGAUUCCCUAGCGAAACACUUCGCCAAUGGCACCAAUCAGUCAUUGGGCUGA